GUCACGGUGUGAAGCCGCCGCUGUCGCCGCCGCCGCCGCCACCACUACUACUGCGGAGUCUGAGCGCUGGGCUGCAGCCAUGGCCUACUGCCGGCAGGAAGGGAAGGAUCGAAUCAUAUUUGUGACCAAAGAAGACCAUGAAACUCCAAGCAAUGCAGAACUAGUGGCUGACGAUCCCAAUGACCCAUACGAGGAGCAUGGAUUGAUCCUGCCAAAUGGAGACAUUAACUGGAACUGCCCGUGCCUUGGGGGGAUGGCCAGUGGCCCCUGUGGGGAACAGUUCAAGUCGGCCUUUUCCUGCUUCCACUAUAGCACAGAGGAUGUCAAGGGAUCAGACUGUGUAGACCAGUUCCGGGCCAUGCAGGAAUGCAUGCAGAAGUACCCCGACCUCUAUCCCCAAGACGAGGAGGAGGAGGAGGAGGAAGAGAAGAAGCCAGCAGAACCUUUAGAAAAGACAGCUCCCACUGAGGCCACCGCAACCAAAGUAAAGGAGGGCACAAGCUAAUGAAGGCCAUGCUGCAGCGCUGGGCUCCAGGCCUUCCACCUCAGAGUGAUAUGAACCUUUUGCAAAAUGCCUUUCUGUCACUCUCCAAGAAAGUGUCUUUCCUCUGUUGUUCUGUGCACUGUAAUGUACAAAGUAACUUAUUUUGAUGAUCAGGGGUCUGGCCCCUUGACAUAUACACUGAAAAAAAAAUGGGGUUGUGUGUAUGUUUCACAUAAUUCUAUCAGUGACUGUAGCUGUUGAGUUUGUUCUCAGAUUACCCUGAAUUUUGCCACUUUGGAAUAAUGUGCUGAAUACUCUCAGCAACCAAAAAUCAUUAUCUAGAAGUGUCUCUUGUGAGUGAGUUGAUUUAUUCUGAUUAUUAUCUCCUUUUCAGUAGAUUUUAUACCCAUUUGGGAAGUGAAAUAGAAACAAAAACAUCUUCCUUUAAAAAUGCUGGAAUGGGGCCAUUUGUAAUACAAGAGACCAGAUAAUCAGAUACUUAUUUCUCAAAAACCAUCUGAACGUAGAGUAUAUGAGGAGAUGUACUAUCCUUCAUUUCUGAUCAUUUUGGUUUCCAUUUUUACAUUGAGCCCCAGGUUUUCUUUUUAGAAAGUGGAGCUUUGGACCCUCCAAUCCACAAUCCAUUUGUAAAUGAAGAAAAAACUGGGUUUUUUUUGCUGUUCUUGUUAUUCCAGAAGCCCUGGUUUGGGGCCUGUGUUCACUCUGGCUCUGUCUCAGCCUAUUCAGAUGCAAUAUUCUUGAGAGGUGGGGACCUACUUGUUACCAAAGUAGCAGCCAAGAAGGAAAUGUGAAUUAAAAGGGAAACAUGUUUUUUA